AUGCAUCUAUUAUUUUAUAGAAUUCAACAUCGAAAAGAUCUUUUUAAUGAGGACUUAAAAAGAUAUAAGAUAUCAAUCAAGAAUUAAAAUAUGAAUUUUUUACAUCUACUCAAAAAAGAAAAGGAACUAUUAAUUAAAGAUUUCUCAAAUAUACUUACAUUAUGGGAAUCAUAAGUAAGAUUUCUAAUAAUUUUAAUUGUAUAACGCAGCCAAAGUACAUGUCCAAAAAGUUAAUCAAGAAGAAUUCUAAAAGCAAAACUAUAAAGAACACAAGCAAAUGAAAUAAAUAGACAGCAAUUAUUAAUUGUAAAAUAAAAUGAGUUAGAUUCGACUAAAUUCUAAAAUUCAUCAGAAAAAAGUCAAUUGGUACACAAUGUUUUCUAAUUAUAAGUUGAUAAGGUCCUAAGUGUUAUAGGUUUUACAGAGAGACUUGAUUAUUCAAUAAAAUCACUUGAUAUUUUUGAUCAUUAAACUACUUAAGUUUAAAUUGUGAUGAUUAAUAAUUACUAGACAACACUCCUAAGAGAAGAUUUUAAUUCUAUUUGAUCUUCUCUUCUUUAUAAAUCUUAAUUAAAUACUUUAAAUAGGAGAACGAAGAAGAUAGAAAAUAGAAGGUGAUUAUAAAACAAAGAUAUAGAAAAAAUGUUCUAAUGAAUAUUUAUCGAAUAUUUAAUAUCUUAUAUUUAGAUGGAUUAAUAUAUUAGAGCUAAUUGAAGAAACUACAAGCUAUUUGAUUAAGUCAAAGCUCUUUAAGUUAUUUGUCUAAUUAUUAGAGUGUUUAAAAAGGAAUCAAAUUAAGAAGCUUCUUAGAGUGAUGAUUGAAUAAUGA